CUGGAAAAAAUUAAUUGUUGUGUUAAUUUGGAGUUUAAAUGUUUAUCUAAUUGUGAUAUUAUUUGAGCUUGUUGAUUAAUUAAUUUGUGUGAAAAUUAUUCUCUAACAUGUGAACAAUCAAUCGAUUUUAACUGUUUACACCUUUUCAUUUCUUUUUCUUUUUCUCUUUCAUUUUCAUUGAUGUAAAAAAAGUUGUUUAUUAUUAUUAUUAACCGAAUGGGUGAAACAAAAACUACUAAUCACAAUAAAAAUGGUGAUAAAUUUUUGUCUCAGGUUGUGGUUCGUCAUUUACCACCAACCAUGACGGCGGAACAAUUUAAGAAUGAAAUAUCUCCUGUUCCUGAUCAUAAUUAUUUUCAUCUUUUAAAAGCAGAUUUAAGCCUUGGUCAAUGGGCUUUUACCCGAGCCUGUAUUAAUUUUACCAAAAAAGAUGAUAUUUUCGUGUUCAAGGAUAAAUUUGAUGGCUACGUGUUCGUUGAUUCUAAUGGUACUGAAUUUCCAGCUAUUGUUGAAUUUUCUCCUUACCAAAAAGUUCCUAGACGCCGGGUGAACACCAAGGGAGAACCUUUGUCUUGUAAGCAAAGAGAUGCUAAAUGUGGUACCAUUGAAGAAGAUGCUGAUUAUAAGACUUUCAUUGAGAAUUUAAAUGAUUCUGGUAGCCAGAAGAAUCUACCAUCAGCUGAAGUGUAUCUUGAGGAAAUUGAAGCUCGAGAGAAAGAAUUGAAAGCCAAUCAUGGUGUUAUCAAGGUGACUACACCUUUGAUUGAAUUUAUCAGGCAAAAGAAAGCGGAAAAAUUGAGGCUUAAGGAAGAGAGAAGAGAAGAAAGAAGAAGACAACAAAUAGAUCAGAAAAGAGCAAGAGAUGAUGAUCACAAGAAAGAUGACAAAACCAAUACACUUCAAUUUAAAGUGAAACAAAGAGAGAGGAAAAAUAAAGCCAAGGAAGGUAACAUUACAGUUGCCAAAAAUGAAAAAAGAGAACGUGACAGAGAGAAAGAAAAGGAGAAGGAUAAGGAUAAGGAUAAGGACAAAGAGAAGGAAAAGAAAAAGCCCAAAGAGAAACCUGAGAAGGAAAAACCUAAACAGCUAUUGGAAAAGGAGAAAUCAAGUCCACCAGAACGUAGUGAAAAAGAGAGAGAAAGAAAAAGAGAAAGAAAUCGUCGAAAAGAUCGAGAAAACAAAGAUGGAGGUAAUGACAAGAACAAAGCCAGUGGUUCGAAUAAUGAUCGGGACCAAGAGAAAGAAGGUGAAAAAGAAGCGAAAAAAGAGAAGAACAGAUUCUUUGUGGUCACUUAUUCUGGAGAAAAAGGUGGCAAUGGUCGUAACCAUGAUUCCAAUCGUAGAAAUGAUUCCAUGGGUAAUAAACAUGGUUCUCAACAGUCAAGCUCAUCUAGAAUGGAGAUUAGUCACAAUGGAGAUGACGAACCGACAAGAAGAGAAAGUGAAACGUGUGAAGGACAAAGUUCAGUCAAUCAUUCAGAAAACAUGAAGAGUUCUAAUAAAAAAUCGGAUAACCAGAGAGUGAGAAACAAAGAUCGUCCAGCAUUGGAAAUCUAUCGACCACGACGAGCGAGAAACAGUAAUAAUAAUACUAAUGGUUCUUCAGAAUCAAAUGAUCACCAUGAUUCUGAAAAUAAUAACAACAACAAACCCGAAAGGAACAUGAGAAAGACCAAAGUCUUCACUAGAACUCGUAAUGCUGAUUAACUUGCAACAAUUAACUUUUCUGUUGCGGUUAAAAAUUGAUCAUUUUGUUGCUUUUUCUUUCAUCAAAUAAAAAGCAAAAAGGAUCAACAAUGAAUACAUUUGGUUACUAGCAAAUGUUUAACUUUUAAUUGGCCAAUAUUUAAGCUGAUUACUUGAUCCACUGGAUUGGAUUGCGAAAAAUUUAAUCUCUCCUGGUAAUUACUCAAUCAACUAAUUAAAACUACAACCAACCGAAUCAAUUACAUGGAGUAAUGAUAAAGAAAUCUCUCAACUCGGUGGAAAAGCUGACUAAAUAAGAGAUCGUAAUUAACUUGAUCGCAAACUAAGUCAACUCAUUAACAGAAAAUUGUUUUUUUUAAUAUCAUCUUAGUGGCACGAAUCACAAAGGGAAAAGAAAGUUUCUCAUGAAAAUGAAACAAUCAAUGAUCAGGAAUUAAUGUUUUCACUAAUAAAAUGAAUUGAAAAUUA